GCAUCAUACUUGAGUGUAGGGUGAGAUGUCUACCAUCUUGCACAAAAUAUUGAUCGGAUCACGGCCGACAAGAAGGCAGAAGGGUGGAGACAAUGGAGGAGGAAAUCCGGCCACUAACCUUGCCGGAAUUAAAGUCGACUCUACAGAAUUGGUGCAAAGGAAUGAGAAUGUUUAAGUGGCUUUUAAGUUUUGUUUAUAAUUUUGAGUGGUUUUCAAUUUUCUAAUUUGUUGAUGUUCUUCCUGCUUUACAUGGUUUUUAUGCUGUGAAUUUGGGUUUUCUUUGGUCUCUAGUUUCAAUGUCAAGUUGCAAAAUUUAGGCUUUUCUUUUUCCGAAGGGUAUUUUUGGUUUUGUAAUUUGACAAGUAGGAAUUAGGAUUCUUACCUUUUCCUUUUUCUUUUAUAUAAUAUUUAUGAGUGUCAUAGUAAGCCAUGCAAUACUGUGUUUUCUAGGAUUUGCUUUUGUAUACAUGGAAGAUGAGAGGGAUGCUGAGGAUGCCAUCCGAGCACUUGAUCGGACGGAAUUUGGUAGGAAGGGUCGCAGACUUCGUGUUGAGUGGACAAAGCAUGAACGUGGAGGCAUUAGAAGGCCUAGUGGAGGUUCUUCAAGAAGGUCUUCAGUCAAUACUAGACCUUCAAAGACUUUGUUUGUUAUCAAUUUUGAUCCAUAUCACACCCGUAC